ACUUCGGCAGAGAAGGUGUGCUCGGUAUCUAUGUGCAGUAUCGGGUUUCUGAUCCUCCAUCAUGGAGAUCAAUCAGUUGUGGGGGUGGAGGUUGUGCGUGGAACUAACCGCACAAUACGGGGUGCGACGGUUCAACUCACUGUUACCAUAAACUCGAAUAACGCCUGCGGGGCCACGUUUGUUGACGAAGGUAACCAGCCGAUACAACAUGUUUGAACCAUUGCUCUCAUCAACACACCAAGCAAAACAAGAAGGGGGAAAGGCUCGUGCCACAAACUCUCUACACGAGCACCCCAUCUCUCCUUAUUUCUCCACACCUCUCUCUCUUUUUCCCUCUUUUGACCCGGUUAAACGUUACAGUAAGGAGUAAAAAAAACUCUUCACAGCCUCAUGUCCUAUGACUUCCAGAUUUCACCGUCGAAGGGGAACAGGCCACAUUGUUGAUGUCGGGGUUUGCCCUCUCGCAAAGAAUCCAUGUCUGCAUUUGCCAAGUGGAAGGAGAGAUGGAGGGGAAUGGCGACCUGAGGGUGAUUAACUUAUCCCUCUCCUCCCACAGGUCACUUAUGGAAAAUCUCGAAUGGGCCGAUACCAUACCCCUACUGUCGCGAAGCGGGCAGCUAGAGUUAACCUUCGCGGGGAGAGAUUGAGUGCAAAGUCUGGCCCAAGGGAUCAGCAAACCUAGUGACCGCUCACGAGGGUAGCGCAGCGCAGGGCUAAAGAAAGAUCCUACACUCACUAAGAUAUUAUACCCCUACCAGUAGGGUUUCCGAUACCGGUACUGGACCGGUACCCUACCCGUAUACAGUACUGCAAGAAUCACGAGCUCUUUUCCCUCUAGAUAUGACAAUUGCAAAUUUUGGACGGCUUCCACGAAUAAUACCCCGGUGUGUUCGCGUCCUUCACGGGAGAUUUCUCUUCGUGAUGAUCGCAGAAAAACGUUAACAGCGGUAACUGUUGAGAAGUGAUGUUCCACAUUUCUUUUUCUUUUUUUUUUUCCUCUUUCCUUUUUUCCUCCUUCUCAUAUUCUAUUAGGGAAAGAAGGGAAAGAUCCGAUGUGCAAAUAAGACGUGCAUACAUUCCUUGGACCGGGCCGGGGGUGGGGUGGAUAGGAAAGGAUGAAACGUAUAUACCCCUCUGUAUGGUAUGUGAAAGAAAAUUCACUGCAUGAUCGAUUGACACAUUUGUCUUUUCCGCUUGAAGCUUCCAAUCAUCGACAUGGGACACUCGAUUGCCGAGAAGAACCACACCAAUCAGCCCGUUAUUCGAAAACCAGGGAAAGAGCACAGUAUAUGUACAUUUUGACAUAAGCACUGUCACAAGUCUUGCGUAUAUCCUGGUAAGGAUGCCCAAUCUUCCAUACUCCGAAUGUGUUAGAAUGUCGACUGAGCACAUAAAAAAAGGCAAAAAAAGAAAAAGAAAUAAUAGUAAUAAUAACAAUAAUAAUACUCCUGGCUGCGAGCGAACAGGCGCGAGCCUACAAGUACCUCAUCGGGGAAGAUAUCUCCUAGGGCCCGGGGUGGCCGCGCCAUGACAAUCCGUGCAAGGCACUGUACCGGGACUCAAGCACUCCCUAGUACUGUAUGACACGGUCCAACCGACAUGCUAAAUACAUCACGCGAUUCACCGCGAGCAAGGAAGGGAAGGAAGAGAUCAAAAGUUUAAUGAAAAGCGGUGCGAACCCUAUACUCUUUUUUUUCUUUUUUCCCGCUGUUACGAUACUUGUUUUUAAUCCGUAUGUAACCCGUACU